AUGGUUUCUGGCGAUUCCUCGAGCUACUGCCGCCCCUUCCAGGCUGUGCCUUGGAAUGACGUCAAUGUGCUUCUGACACCGAUCCGUUCAGAUAAGGACAGCGAGAUUCACAUACGAUACAGCAUCACCGGAGUGGGGGCUGACCAGCCACCCAUGGAGGUCUUCAACAUUGACCCCAUCUCGGGGAGAAUGUACGUGACGCGGCCCAUGGAUCGGGAAGAAAGAGCGUCCUACCACCUUAGAGCCCAUGCGGUAGAUAUGAAUGGAAACAAAGUGGAGAAUCCAAUCGACCUCUACAUCUAUGUCAUUGACAUGAACGACAACAGGCCCGAGUUCAUCAACCAAGUCUACAAUGGAUCUGUAGAUGAAGGAUCUAAACCAGGGACCUAUGUGAUGACAGUGACGGCGAACGACGCAGACGACGGCACGACAGCCAAUGGAAUGGUGAGAUACCGGAUCGUGACUCAAACCCCCCAGAGCCCGUCACAGAACAUGUUUACCAUUAACAGCGAGACAGGAGACAUUGUCACAGUGGCGGCUGGACUCGACAGAGAGAAAGUUCAGCAAUACACUGUCAUCGUUCAGGCCACAGAUAUGGAAGGAAACCUUAACUAUGGUCUCUCAAACACAGCAACGGCGAUCAUUAUGGUGACAGAUGUGAAUGACAACCCACCCGAAUUCACUGCCAGCACC